AUGGCCCCCAUCCUCACAGCCCUGCUCUGUCUUGGGCUGAGUGUAAACUCCAGGACCAAAGCACAGACAGGGACCCUCCCCAAAACCACCAUCUGGGCUGAGCCAGACUCUGUGAUGUCGUGGGGGACACCUGUCACCAUUUGGUGUCAGGGGGGCCUGGAGGCCCAGGAGUACCACCUGCAUAAAGAGGGAUACUCAUGGACCUGGGACACACAGAAGACCCUGGAGCCCGGGGACAAGGCCAACUUCUCCAUCACAUACAUGACAGUUGUAUAUGCAGGAAGAUAUCGCUGUGACUAUGAACAACCCAAUGACUGGUCAGAGUACAGUGACCCCCCAGAGCUGGUGGUGACAGGAUCCCAGGACAAACCCAGGCUCUCAGCCCUGCCCAGCCCUGUUGUGACCUCAGGAGGGAAUGUAACCCUCCAUUGUGCCUCACGGAUGGGAAUCCACAGGUUCAUCCUGAUGAGGGAAGGAGAGCGCCAGCCCUCCUGGACCCUGAACUCCCAGGCAGCCUCCCGUGGGGGGACCCAGGCCCUGUUCCCUGUGGGCCCCGUCACCCCCAGCCUCAGGUGGACGUUCAGAUGCUAUGGCUAUUAUAGCAACACCCCCCAGGUGUGGUCGGACCCCAGUGACCCCCUGGAGCUGAUGGUGUCAGGACAACUGCCCUACACACCCUCCCUCUCAGUGCAGCCUGGACCCACGGUGGCCCCAGGAGAGAAUGUGACCCUGCUGUGUCAGUCAUGGAGCCCUGUGGACACUUUCCUUCUGUCCAAGGAGGGGGCAGCCGAUCCCCUGCUGCGUCUUAGAACACAGUACCGAGCUGGGCAGCACCAGGCUGAAUUCCCCAUGAGUCCUGUGACCUCAGCCCACAGAGGGACCUACAGGUGCUACGGCUCCACCAGCACCUCCCCCUACCUGUUGUCACAGCCCAGUGACCCCCUGGAGCUCCUAGUAUCAGGUAAGGCUGGCACUGUGAGCCCACCCCAAAACAACUCAGACCCCAGCAGUGCCUCGGACCCCAAAGAUUACACGGUGGAGAAUCUGACCCGCCUGGGCGUGGCUGCCUUGAUCCUGGUGGUCCUCGGGAUUCUGCUGCUAGAGGCUCAGCACAGCCAAAGAAAGACCCCAGAUGCAGCCAGGAGCUAA